CUUUUUUCUCCUUUAGAGGACAUACGCAGUCCUAUUCCACCAUUAGUAUCUUCCAGAGCCUUUUAAAUAUUGGGAAUAUAAGCAAAUGAAUCAUACUAAAACUGGAAGUCUAGGGUUUGGUGGUGGGAAUACCGAGGUUGACCCCGCUAUCAUCGCAAGUCAGUCAAAUGGAAGCCAUUAAGGAAGCCAUUUACUAAAGGAAAUAUUACGUGCUAUAGGACUACCGGUAGGAUCGUCAAUUAAAUCCACAGAAAGUCAUGGCGUCAGUUUCUGGGCCAGAACCGGAAGGAUCAAUGUUGAAUUAGAAGAUAGAUCCCAACUAUCCUUUUUCAUCAAAGUUGUCUCAGGUGAUUUAGGGAAGAAUAUGGUCGAGAGCGAAUACGAGUCUAUGAGAGCGAUAUAUGAAAUUCUCCCAGAUUUUGUCCCCAAGCCAAUUUCUUAUGGAGCAUAUGAAACAGUACCGAAUACUCACUUUUUUCUGUGCGAAUUCCGAGAUAUCGUUAGCGAUAUGCCAGACCCUCAUAUUCUAGCUGAAAGUCUCGCAAAGAUGCAUCAGCAGAGCAAGUCUCCCACAGGAAAGUUCGGAUUCCACAUGAGUACGUACAGCGGCAACCUUCCUCAGGGGACAGAAUGGUCAGAUAGCUGGGAGGAUCUCUUCACCAGAAAUCUUCGAAUAGCACUUGAUCUUGAGAUCAAAGCUAGGGGGUACGAUCCGGAAUUCGAUAUACUCAUUCCGAUCAUAUUUGACAAGGUCAUUCCUCGUUUGCUUCGUCCUCUCGAGAGCGACGGGAGAUCAUUAAAGCCGUCACUAGUCCAUGGAGACUUGUGGUACGCAAAUUCUGGUAUUGACGGCAUUACAGGCAAGCCGCUGAUCUUCGAUGCCUGCUGCUUCUAUGCUCACAACGAGUACGAGUUUGGGCAGUGGCGGCCAAUAUGUAACAAAUUUGGUGAAGAAUAUCUUCAAGCUUAUCAUCACUAUGUUAAGAAGUCGGAUCCGGAGGAGGACUAUGAAGGUCGUUUGGACCUCUAUAAGCUAAGGUUUAACACCCACGUGUCAGCUUUAUUUCCACAGAAUCUCACAUUGAGGGAACAGGUCCUUGGCGAUAUGAGAGACUUAAUACAGAGAUACGCUUAGGAUUACACAUACCUAGGAAGCUAACGAGUAUAGUCUCGAUCCGGUAUUGUUAUGUAGAGAUGACUUCACCUUGGUGCGCGGAGGGAUUGUGAAGAUGGUAAUAUGCACGGAUAUAGAAAAAAGGUUGAGUGUUGCACAACGAAAG